AUGGCUAAUAAAGCUAUGGCCUUAUCUCUCCUGAUCCUCUCUCUCUCCUCGCUCCUGGGCUCAAUGGCCCAGUUGGAAACCCAUCAGGAGCAGCUCUUCCAGAGCCUCCGCAACCAGCAGCAGCACCGGCUCCGGGCCAAGACCCCAUGCCACAUCCAACAGCUCCAGGCCCGCGAGCCAACCCAUAAGCAUGAAUACGAGGUUGGCUCAACCGAGUCUGGGAUGCCAAUGGCAAAGAGUUUGCGUGCGCCGGAAUUCAGUUUGUCCGCCACACAAUCCAGCCAAAGGGCCUCCUUCUGCCUUACUACACUAAUGUCGCUCAGCUUGUUUAUAUCAUCAAAGUUCCAAACUCUUGUUGAUUUGAUUCACUUUAUGGGGCUGUUAUUAGGGAGUGGAAUUCAGGGGACCGUAAUUCCCGGGUGCACAGAGACUUACAAGUCAGGUUCGAGCAGCUACUCUGCUUCAGAAUCGGAAAGAGAGCAAGGACAAGGAGAGGGAAGGCAAGGAAGGAGGGUGAAGGACCGCCACCAGAAGCUGAGGCGAUUCCGGCAAGGGGACAUCCUCGCAUUGCAGCCCGGAAUCACUAAUUGGGCUUACAAUGAUGGCGACACACCCAUCAUCAGCGUAUCUAUUCUCGACGUCGCCAGUGAAGCCAACCAGCUCGACUUGGAAUUCAGGAAAUUUUUCCUGGCCGGGAACCCGCAGGCGACCCGUUGCCAAGGGCGGCAUCAAGAAGAGGAGCCCUACAGCGGCCAACAAAGCAAGCGGGGCGAACAGGAAGGAGAGGACGAGCAACAACAGAGCAACAUAUUUGCCGGGUUCGAGCAGGAGUUCCUGGCGGAGGCGCUCAACGUUGAUCCAGACAUCAUAAGGUGGCUGCAGGGGAAGGAAAACAACAUGGGGGCCAUAAUCCGAACCGAGAGUCUUGGGUUGGUCCUUCCGGAGUGGGGCAGCCACGAGAAGGAGCGUGAGGGUGGGUACGCGAAUGGGCUGAAAAUCAGAGAGAACAUUGACAACCCAAGCAAGGCCGACGUGUACAACCCGCGUGCGGGUCGGGUAACCAGGCUCAACGGGCAUAAGCUUCCAAUCCUGAACUACCUCCGGCUCAGCGCUGACCGAGGAGUCCUCUACAAGGUAGGGUAUUUAUACUUGUUUGCUUGCAAGUUUGAAAUUGUGCGUAAAUUCAGGAUCCAGGUGGUGGGCAAUAAUGGGAACAUGGUGUACGAUGAGGAGAUCCAAGAGGGGCAGCUACUGGUGGUCCCACAGAACUUUGCGACUGUGAAGAAGGCAGGGGAGAAUGGGUUCGAGUGGAUCGCCUUCCGGACCAAUCACAAAGCCAUGAUUGGGCAGCUCGCAGGCCGGCUGUCGGCCAUCCAAGCCAUGCCGGAGGAGGUACUCAUGAACGCGUACAGCAGCAUAUCCAGGGAGGACGCCAGGAGCCUCAACAACAGCCGGGAGGAAGCCACCCUGCUCAGCCCCAGCGAAUCAAGGUCAGCCUAG